ACCUAGUCGUCAUCAUUUUCUUUUGUCUUUCUUGUCUAUAAAAAGUUUAAUUCUUUUCUAUAACGGUUCAGUUAAACAUUAAUUUCUUUCAAGUGAUCAUUAAACUGCCUCAAGAUGGAAGAUCAAUUUAUCCUUUUAGAAAAUGAUUAUGUUACUAUUGUGAAUAGAGAAAAAUCUUACAAAAUUUCUAAACAAAAGUUAUCGUCGAUUCCUUACUUUGUGAAAUUAUUUGCCGAUUCUAAUUGUGACACAACCAAAAUAGAACUUGAUCUUGAUGAAAGUUCAUUUGAUAAUAUUAUCGAGUUUAUUCUGGAUGGUCAUUUAUCGAUUUCCAUUGAAAAUGCCUUAUCAAUGAUGGAAACUGCUGAUUACCUCGGACUGGGCGAAAUCAAACAGAAGUAUCUUGAUUUCUACCAAUCGAAUUUCAACAUCAAACUAUUGGAAGAGUUCUUGGUUUUUAUGAUAAACGUGAAUCCUGAAAUGUUUACUGAAGAAAAGCUCAAUUCAUUUAUUGCGAAAUUUUUCCUUCCAAUUACUCACACGAGCAUUUCUAAAAUUUCAGUCGCUCUAUUGGAACGAAUUUUGAAGUUGAAUUUGGUUGUUUUCGAGUUUCAAAUAUAUGAAGCCAUUAAGCGAUGGAGCUUUUUCAAUAAAAAGGCUCGAAUACAAUAUCUACCUCAACUCAUGAAAUUCAUCAAUUUUUGUCGUUUGAAUGAUGUAGAGAUUCAAAGUGUCGCCUCGAUGCUUACAACUUCUGGAUUCACUCUCAACGCUCCACAGUCGAAGAAGAAAUCUCCCCGUGCCUGUCUUCCCGAAUUCUGCCAAUCUGAUUGCAUAAUUAAUCGACAUUAUGAUAAGUCGUUGGUUGCAAUCUAUGAACUGGGUAAAGAUAAAAUUAACAUUCGACGUUUAUCAAGAUCAAAUGUUUGGACUAAAUAUGGUCAAUUCACUCGCGAUGAGACAAUUUCUUCUUCUUUAAUUGAGGCUGAUCAUAUUAUCGAUAUAAUCUAUGAUUCUGGAAGAAAAGGUAUUCGGGUUGAUUUGAUUUCAAAGAAAUUCAAAUAUCUCAAAAUGUUUGGUGAUGACAAUUCUUAUUAUGGUCAAGUUUACAAGUAUUUCGCUCAUGAUAUUUGUUGCAAUCAUACUUACGUAAAAAUCAGUGACUCGCUAAGUGGAUCUAAUAUUUGCAAAAAUUUGAACAUCAAACGUUUGGAAGCCAUUUUUCUCGGUGAGCACUUGGAGGCAAUUUGUAAUGGAACUGGAAAUGACGUUGACUCUACUAGAACUGAUGAUGGAUGGGACGAUUGGUGCAUUGAAUCUCGUCGUUCUAAGGAGUCGCAUGAGCUGGUGAAUGCUCCCUGUUAUUGCCCGUCUCUUGAUUAUCGAAAAUUGUCUUCUUGUGAAUCCCAAAGAUCCGCUAGAACUCGGUCCUGUUUGUUAUCGAAACCAGAUAUGUAUUCAAGUUCGCAAAAGUUCUUGUACUUUUUGACGAAAGUUGAUUUCCGUCGACAACGUGAGUGGAUAUGGAAGUGGCACAAAUGGUGCAUCAAUAGUACUCGACUUCUCGUUCCUAAAAGAUUUUAUCGGAAGCGAUUCUCUGAAUCAUAUUGAGAUGAUUUGUCAUAACAAUUCGGUUCUUAUUUGUAACAAGGAAACGAAAAUGAUUUAUUCUUAUAGCGAUGAUACAGAUUAUUGGCAAUUGAUGUCUAAAAUUGAAUCUCAAGAAAAGAUGAUCGCAAUUGCAUCGAUUUGUUUACCAAUUGAUUUUGAAAAAUAACUGAUCGAUUUGAAACAUUGAUGUUUAAUCACUUAAAACAAUUAAGUUUGAUUGAGCUUUUCUUAAUUUACGUGAUAAUUUUCACUUUCAUAUUCCAUUAUUGUUUCUUAAUUUCAAUUCAUUCGCAAUUAUGAACCUUAAAACAGAAAAGAUUAGCUUUGAUCAAUAAUUAAAAAUUUCCACAAUCUCAUGCAAACAAAUUGUUUGAUCAGUUUUCAAUUAAUCCGAUCUUCAUUUGGU